AUGGUGGUUGGUGCAACCCUCCCCUUCAGCACUUUGACUUGGCCCAGCCUGCCUUUCUCCAGAUCGCUCAGUGGGAUCGUUCCCGUCGCAUUCAGAAGGGUUCCAUGUGAGAAACCUGGAGGGAUAAGGUUCACUAUAAACGGGAAUUCGUACUUCGAUCUUGUGCUGAUCACAAACGUGGGUGGUGCUGGAGAUGUUAUGGCCGUAGCUUUGAAAGGCUCAAAGACUAAUAAGUGGCAAUCCAUGUCGAGAAACUGGGGACAAAACUGGCAAAGCAACACAUACCUCAGAGGUCAAAGCCUCUCUUUUCAAGUCACUACGAGCGAUGGUCGGAGUGUUGUGAGCUACGAUGUUGUGCCUAAGGAUUGGCAGUUCGGUCAAACUUUUGAAGGAGGACAAUUCUAG